UAUUCCCCUGAUGGUUUGUCUGGUUGCUGUCUACCUUGGCGCGUCCAUUUAAGAGCCCAUGUGGCAGGGUUACUUCCUUAAGAGGGUAUAAUUCAGGUGCACUUCUCAGAUGUUUCAUGUGUCGUUUCUUUGCAGUAAUGGGUUUUUUGUGGCCAAGGGCUGGCUUGGACUAGAGUUGCCGCUAUGCCUCAAGCUGUAGCGAGGAAACAAGAUUAAUUGGAGAUGUAAGCACUUGGACGCUGUGUUGAAAAUGUUGGGAGACAGAGUGCAGUCAGAUGCAAAAAGAGACCUUUAUAAUGACCCCACGUUUCCAGCCAAUGAUUCCUCCCUCUUUUUUAACUAUUCCACCCCACUUGCGCAGUUCAGAGGGGAGAUCUCCUGGCUGAGACCGCAGGAAAUUUGUUCUGUUCCUCGAUUAUUUUCAGACAAUCCACAAGAGGUUCAAGUAAAACAAGGGGUUUUGGGAGACUGUUGGUUCCUCUGUGCCUGUGCUGCUUUGCAAAAGAGUAAAUACUUGCUCUCUAAGGUAAUUCCCCCUGGUCAACCCAGUUGGACAGAUGAGAAAUACAGAGGCUGCUUCACUUGUCGAAUCUGGCAGUUUGGACACUGGAUGGAAGUAACCGUUGAUGAUCGCCUGCCUUGCCUUGGGGGUAAACUCUGCUUCUCCCAGUGUCAAACAGAAGAUGUAUUUUGGCUUCCGCUCCUGGAAAAGGUCUAUGCCAAAGUUCAUGGGUCUUAUGAGCAGCUGUGGGCAGGCCAGGUAGCAGAUGCUCUAGUAGAUUUGACUGGAGGUCUAGCUGAGAGAUGGACCCUGAAAGAUCCUGGAAGAAAAAUGGAAAAAGAAAGGACUGGUACAGUUUUGGAGAAGACUGUGUUUAGGAGACUGAUGAACCUGAAGGAACAAUGUGUAAUAAGUUGCUCAGUCCUCAGCUCCACGCAAGGUGCUAGCGAGCUGGGAGAAUUUCACGCCUUUAUUGUCAUAGAUAUGCUGAAUCUCUCCAAAGUCUCAGGCAAGGAUAUCAUUCUGCUCCGUAUACGAAACCCUUGGGGGAGGCGCUGCUGGAAAGGGCCAUGGCGGGAAGGUGGUCAAGGAUGGAGUCAGCUGGAUCCAGUAGUUGCUUCAGAACUGCUGUCGCAGAUCCAGGAAGGAGAGUUCUGGGUUGAGGAGGAGGAGUUUUUCAAGGAAUUUGAUGAGAUUACCACAGGGUUUCCAAUCACAGAAGAGGGACAGCUUCAGAGCCUUUAUACAGAGAAAGUGCUCAGUCAUACACAGAAUCUCUUUGGAUCAUGGGUGAAAGGCCAGUCUGCAGGUGGUUGCCGUAACAACAGCAGCUUUCCUUCCAACCCCAAGUUCUGGCUGAAAGUGUGUGAGCAGAGUGAGGUGUGCAUUGCUCUUCUGCAGAAACACAGGAAGUACAGUGCUGACUGGGCUGGACGAGUUCACACUCUGACCCACGUAGCAAAGGACAGUCCAUCUUUGGCAGAAGGCAUCCAAGGGAAGAAUUACCAGGCUGUGGGACUGCAUGUCUGGAAGGUGGAGAAGAGGCGGUUUAAUCUGCCAAAGACUCUCUCUGCUCCUCCUGUUGUAGGCAGUGUGUGCCAUUCCUAUGACAGAGAAGUCCAUGUGUGCUGUGAUCUUUCUCCUGGUUAUUACCUUGUUGUCCCCAGCACCUUUCUGAAGAAUGCAGAGGGGCACUUUCUGCUUCGUGUGUUCUCAACAGGGAGAAUCUCUCUCAGUGAGAUAAAACCACCACCCAUUGAUGCUGCCCUCUGUGAAGAGCUCCCACCAGGUGAAUGGGAGACAGUGCAGCUGCAGGGAUGCUGGAAAAACGGUCACAGUGCUGGAGGUAGCAGGAACUUCCCCUCCUUCCAUACCAAUCCCUGCUUUCCCCUCUCCGUCUCUGCAGGAAUAGGAGAGAGUUGCGUGAAAGUCACCCUUCGCCAGCACUGUCAAGAUAGCAAGUGUCAUCCAAUAGGGUUUCAUAUUUUUCAGAUACCUAACAGCAACUGGAAACCACAUGCUGCUUUUUUUCUGCAGUUGGAGCCACUGGUUAGCUGUGUACCUCAUUGCUAUUCACAAGAAGUGAGCCAACUGUGCAGACUUUCUGCAGGGAAUUAUGUAAUUGUACCCUCUACAUACUUGCCUAAUACAGAGGGGAAUUUCACAGUUAUCAUAGCAACCAAAAUAGACAGAAAACGCAUUCAGAGCCAAGAGACACUUGGACAUGUUUUGCAAGAAGUCUCCUUUACAGCUGUGAUGAAAAAGUAACGUGACAUCCUUGUGUUGAUGUGACAAAUGGUUGAAAGUCUAGAACUGUCUGACCUCUGGUUGGCUUCAGUUUGAAAUGAAGUACUUGGGAAGGACUUUGGAGUCCACAGAGUUUUCCCAUCAUGUGUCAACCCUGUGCUGACUUGUCUGUAAAGAUACCUCUUUUACCAUAUGUAUCAUGAUGAGCAUUUGUUCCCUCUGUAUGUUUUACAACCAGCAUCAUACAACUGGACUUUGUAUUGUACCUCGGCUCUUCACUAAUAUGAAUGAAGACUGCACGUUUGAACCCAAGCUGCAAUUUUAAAACCGAAUCAAAAGAAGAAAAAGAAAAUAUUUAUGCAUAUCUAAAGAAAGAAUAUUGGGUGAAAAAUAUCAAAGUUUACAGAACAACCUCAGGAGACCAAGGGAUGAGAACAACUGGAAUCCUUUUUUCAGGAAGAAGACUGUAGGAGCCAACAAAUUACACUGGAGUAGGAAAAGACCUGAUCUAUAUCUUACACUGCCAGUUUAUUUCUGAGCACUUUAUCAUGGUUCCUGCUACUAUGACUAUUUCUUUAAGUUACAGAUCAGUGAAGCUUGGAAGGAGUUUUUGGUUUGUUUUUUGUGUGUGUGUUCUGUGAAUACCUGGGAGGAAAAGGAUGAAAGACUUUUGCUGAGAUUUUUUGUUCCAAAAUUCUGUACAUUGUACUUUGUAGCCAGUAUCGAGAAUAUUGUGUUCAGAGGGACCUUCCCUCUCUGUA